CGCGGGGGGAGCCCACACAGAGCAGGCGCGUACCACUGCGGGGCGGGGGGGAGGUUACCAUGGCAACAGGGCCGGGACGCCGCGGCCUGGGCCGGGACGCCGCGGCCUAGCCCGGCCCGGCCCCUUCUCCCCACCGUUCACCCUGUUUCCUCCCGGUUCCUCCCAGUUCCCUCUGCUUCCCCCGCCCUCCUGAAGCCCCCCGCGCCCGGUACCACCGUGCCGGUCCCUCUCCAGCGGGCUGUCCCGGUAGGGCGUUCCCUCCAUCCCACACCCGGUGCCCCCUCAGCACCCUGGCCUGGUGGCCCCGUGGUUCCCAGCCCGUGUCCCACCGCCCACCAUGGCGCACCUCCUGGGCCACCGCGGCUGCAUGGAGAGCCUGCGGGCCGACCUGCAGGACCUGCAGGCUGCCAUUGCCGACGUGACCUCCCGGGCCGGCGCCGUGCGCUUCCCGUCAUGGAAGUUCCCCGACAAGGUGUCCUGCGACCUGGACAUGUCGCUGCUGCUGCAGCGGUACAGGCACAGCGAGAGCGAGCCCGAGUUCAGCCAGCACUCACAUGUGGUGCUGCUGGAGCUGCUCAUAGACAGGUGA